AUUCGGUAUCAAUCACAAAUCAAGUAGAGAUAGGGCAAUAAACUUGUAAAAAGAAAAACACACGUCACACAAUUAGAGAACAUAUACUCAUUGUACACGAUGCAACAGAAUAAGAGACUGUCGUUCAGCAGAUCUCCUAGAGUGGAGCAGCAAGAAAUGACGAAUCCAUAUGAUGAUGUAAAGCGUCAAUCACUUUUAGAUAAACAAAGAAAGGAAUACUUUCAAAAACAUAAUGCGCCCAGAAUCAUCAUUGAUGACGACCCAGUGAUACCAGACUACCAGAUACAGGAUACGUUCAAGAAGAAUGCCAAUUACAACAUGAAGAUUGUUGUAGUUGGAGACGGUGGUUGUGGGAAGACAUGUUUACUUGUAGCAUAUGCUCAGAAUAAAUUUCCUGAAAUUUAUGUGCCUACAGUAUUUGAAAACUACGUUACCAAUGUAGCAACUCCCCAACACAAGGUGAUUGAGUUAGCAUUGUGGGACACUGCAGGUCAAGAAGAAUAUGAUCGGUUAAGACCAUUAUCAUAUCCUGAUGUUGAUGUUCUUCUUGUAUGCUUUUCUUUGGAAUCAUUGACUUCUUUACAAAAUGUAAAAGAUACUUGGUUCCCUGAAGUAUCACAUUUCUGUCCUGGUAUCCCAAUCAUAUUGGUUGGUACUAAGGCUGAUUUACAAUCUUCCAUUGAUCCAGAUUUACCAAUUCAACUUGCCACGGAAAUCAAUGCCAUUGGAUACAUUCAAUGUUCAGCUAAAAGAAUGUUUAACAUUAAGACUGUGUUCAAUUUUGCUAUAAAUCAUUUCCAAAAGAAACAAGAAUUGCAAGAACAACUUGAUCGUACUCUGAAAAAUAGACUUUCAAAGGCAUUGGGAGGUCAUUCACGUAAUCAAUCGUCCAUAUCCAAUAAGAAGGGCCACUUCAAAAACGCUUCGUAUGACUCUGCAUUGCUUUUAGACCAACCUCUUGAAGAGGAUACCUAUAAGUCAAACCCAUACGGGAAUUUCGGAACUUCAGCACCAUCACCAGUGGUGCCGCAAAAUCGUUACAAUGAAGAAGAAUUUGCAUUUACAAGAAAUGAUAAAAAGAAGAAGAAGAGGAGAUGUGUCAUUUUGUAGACAGAAAUGGAAAGGGUGGGU